AUGUUGAUCAAAUACGACUUCAAAGUUGGUGAUUACCAAGUGAAAAGUUCCUACAUCAAGGAAGCUUAUGAAAAGGACCGUAAACUUGAGAUCCGGUCUAUGCCGAAGCUGAACGAUAAGCAUUUUAAUUUGACGUUCUCGUCAAAGAUGUCGGUGAAGCUAGCAGCUCAAGUUUUCAGCAAUCACUGCGCAGCUGCAAUGUAUGCCCUUGUUACUUUUCAGCAAUUGCCAGCCACAGCUGUUCACACAGCGAGAUUUGUUGAAAGAAUUGACCGUCUCUUUGACAGCCUAAAUAGCUCUCAGAAAUUUGCAAAGACGCCAUAUGCCUCUGCAAUGUGUAACGGCUCUAUUCAUGAGGAGUUUCUGGAAGAGUGCAUUCUGGUGUUUAAAAGCCUGCAAGUACUCGGGUGUAGAAGGCAGCCGCACAGCAUUCGUGGCUUCUGCUUGACAGUUAGGUCACUGCUGCUGCUCAGCAAUCACCUCAGGGUUAAUUACGGUUGUUCCUGCCUUUUAACCCGCCAUUUGAACCAAGACGCCCUUGAAAAUACUUUUGCUGUUAUACGUUCAAAAUCCGGUGCAAACACGAACUCCACUUCCCGUCAAUUUCAGGCUGCGUUCAGGCACCUUUUGAUUAGCAACCUAUUCAAACUCUCGGAAAAAUCAAACUGUGCUGACGACAUGAUGUCUCUCCUUGCUACGUUCCCAGCAGGCCUUUUGGCACCUUCUUCUCCUCUUGCCUUAGGGAGCACAGUUUUUCUUGACACGGCAGACGAUUCGCCUUCAAACUACCCUUCGGCAAUAGAAGAGAACAACAUGGUUUAUUUUUCUGGGUGGCUGGCAUCGAAAUUCCUCAAGGUUCAUUCCUGUGUGGGAACAACUCAGAAAUGUGAGCUGAGGACAGAAAAUGCGUGUUUUUCUGAAGGAAAUCAAGUGCUCUUGUAUUUAAGUGUGAAAGGCACUGCCAACUCCGACUUUGGAAACCUCUCAGUCCCUUCUGCUUCUUUCCGAUUAUUUGUUGCAGCUUGUGAGGAAGUCUUCGAGACAAGUAUCAGCAACCUAAUUUCAAAAGAGAGCGUAGGGCGUACUCUGGGUGUCCUUUUUCACCAGAAGGUUCCAAAGUCUCUGACUGUAUGCAACGAAAGUGUUUAUGAUGAUUUGUUUUCUCUAACUGCCAGAGUCAGGCCCUACUGGUUCGCGCGAAAAAAAAAAGUUGAACUAUUUGAUACAGCAGCAGCAAAGUGUAAAGCGAGGCCGCAAGUGCACAGGCUAGGUACGUGA